AAACGAAUCUGUAAGUGGGGUGGGAGGGAGUUGAUCAGCUGAGACAGCCUGGAUAUAAACAGCCGAGUCAACCUUCAAGCGCAGCAUUGCCUGAGCUGAAGACUUGAAGAGGAGUUUGCUGUUUAGUAUCAGAAGACCACUUUCAACAUGGAUAUAAUCAUCACUAUGCUGAGUGAGACCCGGACAGUGAGGGUUCACGCACAGGCCACAGUUGGAGAUCUGAAAAAAAUCAUCCACGAGAAGCUGGGAGUCCCCCCUCAGAGACAGAAGCUGGUUUUUGUCAACGGUCAGAGGACGGAUCUCAGCAACGAUUCACAGCCCAUCACCUACUACGGCGUUCAGUCUGGAUCCAGGGUGUCCCUGCUGGUGACCGAGCCGCAAGUCGUCCAGGUGUUCCUCAAAAACGACAAAGGGAAUAUUAAUACCUAUGAUAUCAAACCCGAUGAGGCAGUCAGUAACUUCAAGCGCAGGGUCCAGAGCAGAGAGGGGGUGCCGACGGACCAGUUCUAUCUGACUUAUGAAGGCAAGCAGCUGAUGGAUGGUAGUAAACUGUCUGACUACAACAUCGGGGAGAUGAGCACCAUCAACAUGUGUCUGCGUCUGAGAGGAGGCUGGGGACACUCUGACAUGGCUGAGAUAUCAUAGUAAUAAGCACUAAAUCAAGUUAAUACCUAUUGUUUUAUUUAAGUUACGUGAACACAAAGCACUCUGAUCGUUAGUUUAUUUUUAUAUUUAUUUUAUUAUUUCGAAAAAUGAACAGCCUACUUUACUUAGGCUUUAUGUGGUGUGAUUCAGUUAUGUGUUAAAAACAUGUUUUGGUUCACUGUGUUACUUUGUAUUCUGGCAAUACAAGUGUGACUCUUAACAUUUUUAACUGACAGCAUGACAUAACUAUGUUAGCUGGGCACUGUAAAAACUGAAAUAAAGCCACUAAUGUCAA